AUGUGUCCUCCCCUUGAAAAACAGGCAGAUUCCCCAAUUCUCGGACUUUUGGAGGUUGGAAGUGGCAGAAUAUCCGUAUAUGGAGAUACCAAUUGCCUGGACAGCAGCCAUAUGGUCAGAAACUGUUAUUGGCUCCUGAAAAAGAUUUUAGAUUUUACGUCGAGAAGUAUUCGAGACCCCAUGCUUUUCCUGGACUCGAGCAGACUGGAUAAAACAUUGCACCAAGACAACAACCAGCUACCAUCCCGCAGAGCAGACGUAAAUUUCUCAACUUACUCUGCUGUUGUCGGUAAGAAAUUGUUAUGUGGGCGUGACUCAAGGUUUGAAGUAUGGGGGAAAAAUGGCUACGAUUUGAAUGUCAAGACUAGAAACCGUAGAUUGCCUGGCUAUGCCGACUUUGAUUUGGGCCGCGCACUAAAUUCUACACUAGGGAAGAUUCCGGUUAAGAAAUUGAUAUCAGUUGGAAACAAAGAUGACCGUUCUUUAGGGAAGAAAAAGUAUCUGGGCUACUUGUAUGGAGAUGAACUUGAUUUCCUGGAAUUAGUUGCGAGCCACUGGCUUAUGCCUGCUAUUGUUGCAGUAUCUGGGCUUAUUCUCCUAUGGAGUUUUUGUAAAAUUAGGCAGAAGCGUAGGAGGAGGAGAAAAGGAUCUGCUUUCACCCGUGCUUCUGCGAGCCCUUAA